AUGGACGGACCAGAUUUAGUAAAAUGUGGCGCCCACGAUUUAAAAAACUACCUCUACUGCAUGCAAUGCUAUACGGAUUUGUGCGCAAUGUGCUACCAAACGCAUCCAGAAAACCACGAAGUCGAGCCUCUGGAUGAAGCCUUACGGAAAAUUCGACAACGUCACGAACCAUUGUUGGAAUGUGAAGAUUUAACAGCCGUUGAAGAUCGGGUGAAGAACCAAACCAAACCAAAAUACGAACAAGAAGACUAUUGGACAUCACAAGAAGUUUCAUUUGGUUGGUACGAAGUGAAUUAUAAAUUUGUUCCUCAAGUUCUCGAACAUUAUCAAGUGUGCGCUUUGCAUCCCUUUACCGAUCCAGGGUGGUACUUGAAUUGCGCUACUUGCGGAUUAAAGUUGUGCUAUCAGUGUUUUUGCGAUAACGGGUUUACAUUAGAAGCGGCCCAUUAUACUUUUGUUCAGUACCAUAAUAUGACGCCUCAAAAUUCGCACGAAUUUGCUCAACUAUGA